CCUAAAACGUCAUAUAUAAACGACGACCGUGAAUGUUCGGUUAUUUUGCUUCUCAUCUAGCUAGCUAGAUAGCUAACCAGCUUGUGAAUUUGGGGAAAAUGGCUGAAUCGUUUGAAGAACGUCUCGUAAAAGCUGUCAAAGAGCAUACACACUUGUAUGAUACCUCAAUGCGUUUACAUUUCGACAAAGAGGCUCUCGAACACAGUUGGCGCGAAAUUGCUACAUAUUUAAACUCCGAUCCAGAUACUUGCAGGAAGAAAUGGAGACUUGCAAGGGACCGUCAUGUGAGAGCACUGAAAAAGUCUAAGGACAUGCCAGAGGGUGUACCGAGGCCUGGAAGCCUGAGUUGGCUCACCAUUUUUAUAAAACAUCGGCAAACCAACCCAAACUUUCCCGAGAUCUCAGCAGACAGAGUUGAGAGUCCUAAUGACAACCUGGAUCAGACUCCCUUGUUUUCAGACCAGGCAGGUCCACUGUUCCCUUUAUCAUCUUUCCGUCUCCUGGUUCCACCUCUACGCCUGAUGUCAGCUUUCAUGUGGCAAGUGGCUCAAGAGCGUAAUGUGAUGCACUAUGGGAAGCUGGAGGAGUUUGUGACUUUGGUGACAGAGAUGGUUCCAGAGCUGCUGAGCUCCAGGCAGAGGACCCAACUCAUCCUGGGUCUGAGAGCAAGGAUGGUUUUAGAGUUGUUUCGUAAAGAAAACCCACCGGACCCCCAGACCAUCCAACUUAAUUUGGACAGAAUCAAAACUUCUUCAGUACAUGCUGUGCACAAGGAUUCACAGAGUAGAAAUGAGUUGGAGUCUUCAGAGUCUAACUUCGUGGAGCUGGUCAAAACCCUGCUCGAAGACCCUUCUGAGAAGAAGCACUUCUUCCAGGUGGUGUUCCCAAUACGUUAUGGCCCUCGGUAUGACACAGCACUGCAGAUACUGAUGUGGGAGUUUCUCUCCCGACUGGAGGAGCUGCUUCCUGUACCAGACCUCACAGAGACAGCAUCUUGUCUCAGCCUUGCCCCCUCUGACCUGGAGGAGUUCUGGCAUUCUGUCUCUGACCCCGAGCACCUGAAGACACUGCUGCAGCAUCAUAGACAUCUGGGUCACUUGAGCAAAAAUGAAUUCUCCAACCAGGUCGCAGACAACAUCUUAUCCACAUUGUCAAUUCCUCAAAUUCAUAGCCUGAAGUCAAGCCUUGAUGGACAUGAAGGCAUGAAAGAGAGCACAGAGGGGUGGAAGAUCAACAGUGAGGAAGGAGGAGAGUUGCAUUUUGAAAAGAACUUGGAGGAUGAUGGAAGUGAGAGAAAUGAAGACACUGAGAGGGGAUUGAAGGAUGAGGAUGACGCAAAGUGGACCUCCCCUCUGAGUGAACCAGAGGACUCGGAUGAACUGGCUAGUGACAUGCCCUCCCAGGUCUUCUCCUGCCCCCAGUGCCCAUUCUCCCACAGGGAAAUGGUGGACCUUCAUCAGCACAUCAGGAAGGAACAUCUAACAGAGGAGGACAGCAGGAGCCUGGACUCUGGAGGAGCUGAGAACUCACUGCCAUCCAGUCAAACAGCCAAGAGCUCCUCAGCCAAGAGCUCCUCAGCCAAGAGCUCCUCAGCCAAGAGAAUCAAUAACAACACCUGCAAACAGUGUGGGAAGGGUUUCAGAUGCACAACUGACCUGAAACGACACCAAAGUGUUCACACCAAUGUGCAGCCGUUCCGGUGCAAUCAGUGUGAGAAGAGAUUCAAAUCGGAGAGAUAUCUACAACUGCACAAGAAAAGUCACGACGUAGAACCGAUGCACAGGCCUAUUUGCCAGCACUGUGGCAAGAGUUACACUAGUGCAGCUGUCCUCAAAAUACACAUACGCACCCACACCGGAGAGCGGCCUUACUCCUGCUCAGUCUGUGGGAAGAAGUUCAAUCAAAAGCACACAUUAGUUAGACACCUCCGGAUGCACAAAGGAGAUAGACCAUACCUGUGUAGCGUAUGCGGGAAGGCUUUCUUUGUUUCCGGGGAACUCUUAGUGCACAUGCGUUUUCACACAGGGGAACGACCUUACCGCUGUAAACCGUGUGGAAAGGCUUUCAGCACGUCAUGUGCUCUCACGUCGCAUAAGCGAUGGCACUCAAACGAGCGCCCGUUCACCUGCUCCCUGUGUUCAAAGGGCUUUGCGGAAACUGGUGGCCUUAAAAGACACAUGUUUAUUCAUACUGAGGAGAAGCCCCAUUACUGCCACACGUGUGGGAAAGGAUUUAGUCAGUUGAGCAACAUGAGAAUACAUUUGAAAACUCAUAAAAAAUAAUGUCAUUGGCUCUUUGUCAGACUAAAGGAAUUUUUUAACUAGUGUAAUGUUUAUUUCUCCUUGAGCUCAAAGCCAAAAGUAAGGAAAAAAUGAAAUUGUAUUAUAGGUCAUGUACAUCGUCCUGACAAAGUAUCCAUUCUGUUAUUUUCCCCUUGGUAAUGUGAUCUGUUAAGGAACUUUGUGCACAGACUUCACAAUGACACUGAGGUUUUACUUAGUGCACUGCCAACUGCACUGUACUCUGUGAGCACAGUAGGGUUAACAUGGUGUAAGGAUCACACGUAGUUCGUGUAGGCCGUUCUGUACCUGAAGUAAUGAAAAGUUUUGACUGCAACUAUCAAGUUGUCCUUUAAUAAUCGUUCAUGUGUUUUGGGGCAAGCUCCUGAUGUAUGUUGGAACAGAGUCCUCCCUUUUCUCCUGCAUAGUCACCUGUUCACGUGUCCUUGUCUGAGACAUUUUUAUUUUCAGUCAGGCACCUGAUUCCCUUCUGGUUCGUGCUGGGAUGAAGUGCAAUUAGGUACACUUUGUUUCCAUUGUAAUCAGACCUGGGUUCAAAUACCAUUUCAAAUAUCUCAACAUUCACCUACAGUGGGGCAAAAAAGUAUUUAGUCAGCCACGAAUUGUGCAAGUUCUCCCACUUAAAAAAGACGAGAAAAAAAUCCAGAAAAUCACAUUGUAUGAUUUUUUAAAAUGAAUUUAUUUGCAAAUUAUGGUGGAAAAUAAGUAUUUGGUCACCUACAAACAAGCAAGAUUUCUGGCUCUCACAGACCUGUAACUUCUUCUUUAAGAGGCUCCUCUGUCCUCCACUCGUUACCUGUAUUAAUGGCACCUGUUUGAACUUGUUAUCAGUAUAAAAGACACCUGUCCACAACCUCAAACAGUCACACUCCAAACUCCACUAUGGCCAAGACCAAAGAGCUGUCAAAGGACACCAGAAACAAAAUUGUAGACCUGCACCAGACUGGGAAGACUGAAUCUGCAAUAGGUAAGCAGCUUGGUUUGAAGAAAUCAACUGUGGGAGCAAUAAUUAGGAAAUGGAAGACAUACAAGACCACUGAUAAUCUCCCUCGAUCUGGGGCUCUACGCAAGAUCUCAACCCGUGGGGUCAAAAUGAUCACAAGAACGGUGAGCAAAAAUCCCAGAACCACACGGGGGGACCUAGUGAAUGACCUGCAGAGAGCUGGGACCAAAGUAACAAAGCCUACCAUCAGUAACACACUACGCCACCAGGGACUCAAAUCCUGCAGUGCCAGACGUGUCCCCCUGCUUAAGCCAGUACAUGUCCUGGCCCGUCUGAAGUUUGCUAGAGAGCAUUUGGAUGAUCCAGAAGAAGAUUGGGAGAAUGUCAUAUGGUCAGAUGAAACCAAUAUAUAACUUUUUGGUUAAAACUUGACUCGUCGUGUUUGGAGGACAAAGAAUGCUGAGUUGCAUCCAAAGAACACCAUACCUACUGUGAAGCAUGGGGGUGGAAACAUGCUUUGGGGCUGUUUUUCUGUAAAGGGACCAGGACGACUGAUCUGUGUAAAGGAAAGAAUGAAUGGGGCCAUGUAUCAUAAGAUUGAGUGAAAACCUCUUUCCAUCAGCAAGGGCAUUGAAGAUGAAACAAUGCUGGGUCUUUCAGCAUGACAAUGAUCCCAAACACACCGCCUGGGCAACGAAGGAGUGGCUUCGUAAGAAGCAUUUAUUUAUUUUUUUAUGUAUUUGAAAAUACUCAAAUACACUCCCAUGCAUUUAACCCAGGUUUUUGAAAAUAGUAUUUAAAAUAAGUGUUUGAAAAUACACGUACUACUUGGUUUUUACAAAUAGCCAUUCAAAUAGAAGUACUUGUUUGGGGCUUGUAUUUGAACAUUCUCAAAUACACUGAAACAUGUAUUUUAAAUACCAGAUAUCCAAAUGCAUAUUUGAACCCAGGUCUCAUUGUGAUAAAGAAUCACUCAGUAAUUGUCUGUGGUGACUCAAUCAUUUGUAAAUGAACUAAUACUACAGCAUGUGUAUGAUAUAUGUAUAUUAUUAUGUACAUGAUGCUACAUUUAUUAUCUGUCAAACGCUGUUUAAGUGUGGGAAAGGAAUUACUCGGAUGAGCAACAUAAGACUAUGUUUGAAAACUUGUAAGAAAUAAACUCAUUGGAUCUUU